AUGAACACUCAUCAGGCGGACAUAUCUACUGCAUUCACGGAAGCAGAAGGCUCCAUCAACGUCCCAAUGCUCCGCACGGAUAUACUGCCUCUGGAAGCCGUCACGCCACCCACAGCGCACAAGAUCAGCACCAUCCCACGGGAAUUACCGUCCACAGUGUCGCCAGCCAAAACUGACACGUCCCCAGACACAAGUAAACAGCCUCUAGCGCUCUACCGACGAAACAACGUAUCACCAAAAGCGAUAGCCACAGACGCCGCUCUGCUCGUCGAAGAGCUGCUAGACCCACCGGAUACAGACACGGGCCGCUGCUGUAUGUGA